AUGGGCGGAGGCAAACGCGUACUUCCAUUCGCAAAUCUACCCAGUGUCAACAACAUCGACAACUUCACCAACAGUCUUCAAUCACUAAUAUACGACUACUUCGCUUCAAACUAUGGCACGUUGGAAACAAAAACAAUUUCAUCUGUUGAUCGGAACAAGUCAAUCAACAAAUUAAAGAAGGAGCUGAAACAACUCAAAGUCCAAGGCCGAAACAACCACAACUACCACCUGCAAAUCAAAGCGCUUAGUAAAGAAAUAAGAUCAAAGCUAUCGGCUUUGAAAGCGCAAAAAAAAUAUAAAAAGAACUCAGAUAUUACCAAUCAAUUGCAACAAAAAUUUUGCCCUACUUGUAAAAAACUGUUUAACCCAUCAAAUAGUUCGCUACCUCUGUUCAACGUUACUGAAUGUGAAAAAUUCUUCAAAAAUAUUUUAAAUAAUCAGCACACCAAAAAGUUUCGUCUGCCAAAUUGGAUCCACACUCCGCCGGAUCCAUCAUUUCCAUACUCUGUUGACCCCCCAACAUACAACGAAAUUUCAUCAAUCAUUCGCAAAUGCAAGUCAAGAGCAUCUCCCUGCCCCUUAGAUCAAAUAUCAAUAAUAAUUCUCAAAAAAUGUCCAAUAAUUCGCACAAUUUCGCACCAAUUGCUGGUAGAAUGCUGGAAAUCAUCAGUUACUGACCAUACAAGUGUGAGUUUUUGCCGCGCGACGGAAUCUUUUCUCAGUUCGAAUACCAGCAAACACCGCUCGCUUCCUCACAAACGUUUAUCUCUGGGUCGAAAGUGCUUUCGCGCCCUGCUUGCCAGAGCGCGAAAAAACUUCACACAAGAAUUCCAAAAAUGUACAACACUAGAUUUUUUAGUUAAAUUUGAUCCUCUCACGAGAGUUUCGCCCGAAACUGUUUUGUAG